AUGAAUGAUCUUUCCACUAUGAAUAAAACUAAAGAAACACCCGCAAUCCCAGCUAUUCAGAGAAGAAGAAGUAAGUUAAUUAAGAAGGAGCCUCCAGAACCUCAAAAGAUAGGCUUUUUUGCCUGGCUUUGCUGUCUUCGGAGCCAGCAAAAUAACAAAAUAAUGAUGAAGAAAAAGUCAGAGUCUGUUCUAUAUAUUGAUAAUCAAGACUCUAAGGAAGAUGCCGCUGCCUUGACAGAACGGAAACCUGAAUUUAACAAAUCUAUCAGCAGCGACUUGAUCAAAUCUAAUAGCCAAGAAUCUAAUAAUAGUAGCAUCAGUAAGGUCAAGUCUUGUAAAAACUAUAAAAAUGACCAGAAAGAUGAUAAGCCUGAUAUGAAUAGGAAACUGUCAAGGCCUGCUGAAAAGAUCAAGAGGCCAAUAUAUAACGCCCAGGAACGCAAACAAAAUGCAAUAGAAAGUUACUACUACAGGCGACAUUCUUGAAAUAUUGCUAUGUGCAAACUUGACCCUAUCCAAGAAGUUGUGGAUAACCAGUACGAUGAAGAUGGGAGUAACAAUCAAGAUCAGGGAAAUUCAGGUAAUAUUUCGAGAAAAUAAGAGGAAGCAUAAAGGGAGCUGUGAUUCUUCUUCAUCUGGGAACUCUGGAAACGAAGGGCCUCUUUCCCAUCAAAGGCUGAUAAUGAAAGCUCAAGAAGUCAAGGCAAAUAAUGCCAGACUUGAUAAUAAGAAAAAUUCAGAUAAAUGGAUCCCAACUCCCUCGAAUGGAAAUAAUGCCAAUUCAAUUGGAAAGAGCACAAUUAAGAGUAAAAAUGUUGAUUCAAGAAAGGAAAGCAAUGAAAGUGCCUACAAUGCUACUGAGGGUAUGAAUGAAAGCAUUGUGCCUCCAAUGAUGAUAGAUAACUCAGCUGUAAUAUUUAAUAAUAAAACUAAGAGUCGCAAGAGCAAGCUUGUGAAACAAGGAAUAAAAUAACCCUCUACAAAGUGAAGCUGACAAAAGCGAUAUCAAUUGAAUGCCUUCAAAGUCAGAAGAGAGCAAGGACCCCAAAGAAUACAAGGAGUCAAAAGGAGAUGAGGAUGGUGAAGGAGAGUCAUAUGAUAGCUCAUGUACAUGCUCCUCAUGUCUCAGAGAAAAGAAUGCAGAUAAUGGAAUGAGUCUCAAGCUUAGCCAGUAUUCCUAUAAACCUACCUAUGGAGAUUUCAAACGUAACGAAACAGAAGUAGAAUUAUCUACUUUGAACAACAGUGGGUAUCGUGAUGUUAUUAAUACAUCUAUGUAUGGAGAGAAAUCUGGCUUUGCUAAAGGGAAUAACGAAUCAGCAAUGGAUAGGUCUUCUAUAGGGGAUAUCUCCAAUAGUGAUGCUCAGAAGAACUACUUUAAAAAUACCUCAAAGGGAGAAUAUCCCGAUAAUUUGAAUAAUGGGAAGUUUAAAAUGAUGACGGGUUAAGAAAUUCUGAGGAAAAUCAGAAUUAAUAC